GAAAAUUUGAAAGCAUCCAAAAAGAAAGAAAAAGCAGUACAAAGUAGGCCCCUGCACUUCUUUACUAUCAAAAUUACAAUCUUUACUUCCCCAAACUUUUCUUUCAAUUUUGUCCCUCACUGACAAAAAGAAAGCAGAUAAAAGCUUAGUUUUUUUAGCAUAGAAAUGGAGAAUGAAUCUUCAUCAAUGGUGACAGAACACAGAGGAAUUCCAUCUUACAAUGGGAGAUAUGUACAGUAUAACAUAGUGGGCAAUCUUUUUGAAGUCACUUCUAAGUAUUCUCCUCCUAUUCAACCUGUGGGUCGCGGUGCAUACGGCAUCGUUUGUUGUGCAAGAAAUUCUGAGACGAAGGAAGAGGUUGCUAUUAAGAAAAUUGGAAAUGCUUUUGAUAACAGAAUUGAUGCUAAGAGAACACUUAGAGAGAUCAAAUUACUAUGCCAUAUGGAUCAUGAGAAUAUAAUCAAAAUUAAGGACAUAAUACCACCACCUGAUAGGGAAGCAUUUAAUGAUGUGUAUAUUGUCUACGAGUUGAUGGAUACUGAUCUCCAUCAAAUUAUACGUUCUACCCAGGCCCUGACCGAUGAUCAUUGUCAGUAUUUCUUAUAUCAGUUGUUGAGGGGACUGAAAUACGUACACUCCGCAAACGUUUUACACCGAGAUUUAAAACCAAGCAACCUGCUUCUCAACUCAAAUUGUGAUCUUAAGAUUUGUGAUUUUGGGCUUGCUAGAACCACCGCAGAGUCAGAUUUCAUGACUGAAUAUGUAGUUACCCGAUGGUAUCGAGCCCCAGAACUGUUACUCAACUGUUCGGAGUAUACAGCAGCUAUCGAUAUUUGGUCAGUUGGUUGCAUUCUCAUGGAAAUUAUUAGACGGGAGCCUCUCUUCCCUGGUAAAGACUAUGUUCAACAAUUGGGGCUUAUUACAGAGCUGCUCGGCUCACCCGAUGAUUCAGAUCUUGGUUUCCUUAGAAGUGAUAAUGCUAGGAAGUAUGUCAAGCAGCUUCCCUAUGUGCCCAAGCAACCUUUUGCACAGAAAUUCCCUGAUCUAUCACCGGUCGCUCUUGAUCUUGCAGAAAGAAUGCUAGUGUUUGAUCCUUGCAAACGCAUAACUGUCGAAGAGGCAUUGAAUCAUCCAUUUCUGUCAAGUCUUCAUGAGAUCAACGAGGAGCCCACUUGUCAAUCUCCGUUCGCCUUUGAUUUUGAGAGCGCGUCUUUAAACGAAGAAGAUAUAAAGAAGCUCAUAAUGGCAGAGUCUUUAAACUUCAAUUCCAAUGCCAUGCUCGAGUAAUCUGGUCGACGUAUCACUACUUUAUGGUCCGGUAUUUUUUGGAUUACUAUACUGAUGAGAAGUAGAUUGAUUGCUGAUUAGAUGAUGUUAAGUGUUAAAAUGCUCUAUAAGCAGAAAAAUUAGGGAGAUAGGUUUCUCCCUUAUGAGGUUGUGAGGUGCGAUUUUCGGGUUUAUUAUCGAGGGAUCACUGGAUCCAUCGCGUUUGAGGAUCUAGCCACCCAGUAAGUUUGGUAUGCAUGAAUUACUCAGGAGGCUAUAAUAUUCCCUUAGCCUCUGCAUGUUUUUUUGGAUUUGGUUUGUAUAGUAUGAAGCUGAAUUGUGUCUGAAAUACAAAAGAAAGAUAAAAAUGAAAAAGAAAAAUUUUGUUUUAA